AUGGGAAAGGCUCAUAUUUGGAUCCAAAAGCAAAAUCCAAUGAAUCCUUCACAGUACAACGAGGUAAUAAGCCCAAUCUUUCUUUCUCCUACUGCAAUAGGUAAAACGUACAGAUUGAGGAUUUCAAAUGUGGGAAGUGAAUGGAGUUUUAAUUUUAGGAUUCAAAAUCAUAGCAUGCUAUUGGUCGAGACGGAAGGAUCGUACACCAAUCAAAUUACGUUGGAAUCGCUCGAUGUCCACGUGGGACAAUCCUACUCUGUUCUCGUCACAGCUGAUCAAGAUACUGCUGAUUAUUACAUAGUUGCCACUGCAAAAAUGGCAAACUCAACUCAGCUUAAAACUCUUGAGGUUGUUGGUGUGUUACAUUAUGAAAACUCUACCAAACCUGCUGAUGGGCCUCUUCCAAAUGGGCCUGACCCAUUUGAUGUGCAUUUCUCUAUCAGUCAAGCUAGGUCCAUCAGGUGGAAUUUGACAACAGGUGCAGCAAGGCCUAAUCCACAAGGAUCAUUUAAUGUAUCAAAUGUGACAUUAUCACAAACUUUUGUUCUCCAAAAUUCAGUGAACAAAAAGAAUGGUAUGAUAAAUUAUGCAAUUAACAAUGUCUCUUAUGAUACACCACAAACGCCAUUAAAAUUGGCGGAUUAUUACCUUAACGGUGGCGCCGGAGUUUACGAGCUCGAUAAAUUUCCGGCGAACAGUAGCCUACCGGAGACUGUUUAUGGUACGUUUGUUGUCUCCGGCGAACACAAAGGGUGGCUGGAAAUUGUCUUCAAAAAUGAGCUAAAAGUGAUGGACUCUUGGCACUUGGAUGGAUUUGGCUUCUUUGUUGUUGGGUACGGUUUUGGAAAUUGGAACCCUGAAUCACGUUGUAUGUAUAAUCUUUUUGAUCCUGUUGUUCGUUCUACUGUUCAGGUGUAUCCAAAAGGAUGGACAGCAGUAUACGUGUAUUUAGACAAUCCAGGGAUGUGGAAUUUAAGGUCACAAAAUUUGAAACAUUGGUUCUCAGGACAAGAGCUUUAUAUCAGAGUUUAUGACUCUGAUCCUAAUCCUGCUAAAGAACAUCCUCCCCCUAAAAACCUACUCUAUUGUGGGAGUGUGCAGGCGCCUCCUUCAGCACCACCACCAAGUCCAAAGCCAGUACCAGCGCCUCCAGCUCCAGUAUCCCCAUCGUCUGCUGCUGCUACUGCUACUAUAAAAAGGCAAUGGUCUAAUAUUAUUGAGGCUAUCUUUGUGCUUUUGAUCAUAUGGGAUGGGAGCUGGUGCUUAUAA